AUGUCCACGAACGAAAAAAUAGACUUAAAUGCACCAUCUAGUUACCUGGGUGGCAUAGACCCAGAAUGGAUUGCAAGCGGGGAUAGCAUAAAGGGCCUGCUCCUUGGAAUGGCUUCUGCUCCCUUAUUGUUGGUUUCUGUGUACUUUUUCAAGGCCAGCCCACGGUUUUUCUCUAAGGAACACGGAAUAUCUUUGCUUGCGUAUAUGGCAUGCUCGUUCUUAGUCUCUCUUGGCGUACUAUUCUAUGGUCUUCCAGCCGUGAUAACCUCCUUUCAGAUACUUCCCAUUCUGAACCAAAUCUUUGUUAGCUCCUUCUCGCUCUCUAUUGAGUCUAUAUCCUCUAUUAUGCUUACUACACUUAGUGUAUACUUCUCUCUUAUAGGAUACAGUGGAAUUGAAAAAACCUCGUCUUUCAGCUGGAUUGCUUUGGUUCUUUUCCUUGUUGUGCUAAGUCUCUCCAUCAUGCGCCUUACUUCGCAUAGUGACUACAUCAGAAGAAGAUUUGAAAUUGAGAAAUACUCAGAUCUGCUUUGCAUGCUUGUCCUUUCCUUUGAAGGCGCCAUUGGAUUUGUGUCACUUUGCUCUUUCGCAUACCUAUUCAACAUACUCCUGCCUAUUGUUGCCUUGCUCACAAGCAUGUCAUUUUUGCUUGCCAUGGAGAAAGCCCUUUACUACUACCCAGCCACUGCAGUUAUCCCAAUUUUCACGAUUCUUGUUAGAGUAAUUGGUGCAAUAUUCUCUCUGCAAAUAUAUUCAAACGCGUACAAUGGUGCCGUGGGUUUAUCUCUAAUUCUUGGAGUAGUGUCCUCUAUUUUUCCUUUAAUAUUAGCAUAG